AUGUCCCUUGUUCUUCCACAUAGAGAAGUGCGACCAAUCACUGCUGUAGCCUGGACUUCUAACACCAGCACUUGUCCCAAAGAUUUCACAUUGAUAAGCAUAACAGAAGAUGGAGCUGCUGCUAACUUUACCCGUAGCUUUGCAAUGAGAUCUGGCUACUAUCUGUGUUACAGCAAGGAUUUGACUGGUGGUAUGGUGGUGUCAGACGUUCAACUAAUUUCAGAAAAAGACUCAAUUCCUCAUGGGUACUGUUACAUUGCAGAGCAUCUUGAACCAAGGGCCACUGUGUCCAAAAAGAAGCGGGUUUGUGUGCGUCUCGUCCCCAUCGGCAGUGUGGAUACAGCUGUGUUGGAUAUUAAACUCACUGGCAAAAGCAAAAUGAUGUUACAGCACUACACAUAUGUGGGAGAUGUCCAUGGCUAUGUUUUGUGGUGCAGAAAAGGGGCUUUUUCAUGCCCAGAGCCCCAAGCCAAACCCAGAAGAGUUAGCCUUGACAUUCAAAAACUCUCUCUGGACCAUUCAACUCCUCUUUUUCCUCUGAAGCCCAGUAACCUCCCUCCAGUGCCACCUGGAAGACUGAGUCAUAGACGACGUGACCUUGUUGUCACAGAUGAUAUUGACAACAAGCCAGCUGAGAGCAGCCUCCAGGGAAUGACAGCACUGGACGGAGUUCCCUUCAGCCUACAUCCAAAGUUUGAUGUUCCAGCCAAUGGCAACGGAUCCCCACUGAGUUCUCAAUUAAACAACAUUCGCAUAAAGUCCAUUCAAGACAUUGAGAAUGAGUAUAACUACACCUUUGCAGUAGAAGAAAAUGCUACGAAGAGAAGCAAGCCCUCUGCCUCUUAG